UACAAGCAGCCUCCUCGUGUGCGUCAAAGCAUUGAGUACAAGCAGCCUCCUCGUGUGCGUCAAAGCAUUGAGUACAAGCAGCCUCCUCGUGUGCGUCAAAGCAUUGAGUACAAGCAGCCUCCUCGUGUGCGUCGCAGGAUGGAGUACAAGCAGCCUCCUCGUGUGCGUCGCAGGAUGGAGUACAAGCAGCCUCCUCGUGUGCGUCGCAGGAUGGAGUACAAGCAGCCUCCUCGUGUGCGUCAAAGGAUGGAGUACAAGCAGCCUCCUCGUGUGCGUCGCAGGAUUGAGUACAAGCAGCCUCCUCGUGUGCGUCGCAGGAUGGAGUACAAGCAGCCUCCUCGUGUGCGUCGCAGGAUGGAGCACAAGCAGCCUCCUCGUGUGCGUCGCAGGAAUGAGUACAAGCAGCCUCCUCGUUACAAGCAGCCUCCUCGUGUGCGUCAAAGCAUUGAGUACAAGCAGCCUCCUCGUGUGCGUCAAAGCAUUGAGUACAAGCAGCCUCCUCGUGUGCGUCAAAGCAUUGAGUACAAGCAGCCUCCUCGUGUGCGUCGCAGGAUGGAGUACAAGCAGCCUCCUCGUGUGCGUCGCAGGAUGGAGUACAAGCAGCCUCCUCGUGUGCGUCGCAGGAUGGAGUACAAGCAGCCUCCUCGUGUGCGUCGCAGGAUUGAGUACAAGCAGCCUCCUCGUGUGCGUCGCAGGAAUGAGUACAAGCAGCCUCCUCGUGUGCGUCGCAGGAAUGAGUACAAGCAGCCUCCUCGUGUGCGUCGCAGGAUGGAGUACAAGCAGCCUCCUCGUGUGCGUCGCAGGAUGGAGUACAAGCAGCCUCCUCGUGUGCGUCGCAGGAUUGAGUACAAGCAGCCUCCUCGUGUGCGUCGCAGGAUUGAGUACAAGCGGCCUCCUCGUGUGCGUCGCAGGAAUGAGUACAAGCAGCCUCCUCGUGUGCGUCGCAGGAUGGAGUACAAGCAGCCUCCUCGUGUGCGUCGCAGGAUUGAGUACAAGCAGCCUCCUCGUGUGCGUCGCAGGAUGGAGUACAAGCAGCCUCCUCGUGUGCGUCGAAGGAUGGAGUACAAGCAGCCUCCUCGUGUGCGUCGGAGGACGGGGCUCUCCUCCCGACUGGGUCUGCAAGCGAUUCAGCUAUGGCUUGCGCUUGCACAUGACUGCUCUGCCAACGGUGGUGACUCAAAUCAAUGGGUAACGCUUCAGAGCUCGGCGAACUUCCCUUGA